AUGGAAGCUAUGUUUUCAUGUGGCAGAGUUGCAUUUGCAAUCAUAACAAUAUUAUGCUGCUUCACUUCCCCUGCAAUUGCAUGCCCCUUCCGUGAGAGAAAUCUUCUCCUGGAUUUCAAGGUAGCCAUUGUAGACGACUAUAACACUCUAAGUUCCUGGCACGGAUUCAAUUGCUGCACGUGGAGAGGAGUCAGUUGUAACCUCCACACAGGCCACGUUUCUGGACUGGAUUUGAGUGGAUAUAAUUUGGAAGGUAACAUCAGUUCAUCGCUGUUCCAACUUGUACAGUUGGAGCACCUCGAUCUUAGUCACAACCUCUUCAAGGGUAAAUUCAGUCUUCCCCAUAAUCGACAGUUGAAGAGUCUCACUUUUCUUGACUUGUCAUUUGCUGGAAAUGUAAAUGAAUCCUCACUGGGUUCUGUAAGCGAAUUUUAUGUGAGUUUGGAAAGCUUAUCAAAUCUGGUGAGCUUGGAAUACCUCUCUCUUGCUGCAGUGAAUAUCUCUGCAGGCAAAGAGUGGGGUGAAGCUAUUGGCACCUCAAGUAAACCAUAUCCCCUCCCUCGAAACUAUGCUCUAUUCGGUGCUGAUCAGCGUACAAUUUUAGUUGAUUCUGGGCCUGCUAUACAUUCUCCUUGA